UCUCCAACUGUCUUUCGUGUUUGUAACGCGACUCGCUUUGGCUAACGCAUACUUACAGACGCAAAGCUCAAAGUUCCUGACAAACAAGCGAUAUUGCCUAAAGAUGACAACCUCUGGAUAUAGUUACAACAAUACAACAUAUGAAGAACGUGAACCAUGUACCAGGGAUGGCGAUAACAGCCUGGGAUCACAUCUUUCUAUCCUUUACUACUUUAUGUUUGUGUUCAGCGUUGUUACCAACGUGUUGGUUCUUGUUAUCCUCCGUCGAUAUGAGAAGCUGAGCACUGUGGUCAACAUCUUGCUGGUGAACCUGGUGGUGUCCUCCAUGAUCUUCAUGAGCAGCCUUCCCUUUGUGGCGGUCUACAUGCAGCUCUCCUACUGGAGCUUUGGCUUAGUUAUGUGCAAAAUUGUCUUCAGUGUACAUUUCCUGGGCUUUUACAGCUCUGCCUUUUUCUUAACUCUGCUCAUGAUGGAUCGUUACUUUGCUAUAGUCCAUUCAAUGCCUGCACUACAGGGAAGGAGUCGAUGCUAUGCUAUCAUAUCUUGUACAGUGGUGUGGCUGAUAAGUGGUUUGGCUUGCAUUAAGCCAAUGCUCCUCCGCAACACUUACAGGCAUUUUGGGACUGUGUACUGUGAGAAUACUCUGAACCUCACUAAUGUUGAUACAACAAUGCUCAAAAAAUAUGGAUUUUAUGUACAGAUUUUUGUCUUCUUGAUUUUCCCUCUGGUUGUCAUUUCUUUUUGUUAUGUUAGGAUUAUAAUCACCAUAAGAGCAUCAAAAACAAAUAACUUCAAGGCAGUCAGGGUGAUAUCAGUCAUUGUAGUGUUGUUCUUCAUUUGUUGGAUACCUUUUAACAUUGUAGAACUCCUGCAUGAUGGACCCAAAGAUUGUAGGGAAGCACAGAGACUUGGUUAUGCUCUUCAAAUCACCCGUAAUAUGGCAUACUUUUACUUCUGCAUCAGCCCCAUCUUUUAUACAUUUGUGGGGAAAAAAUUCCAGAAGCAAUUCAAAAAGCUGCUGGUGAAAUAUUUGCCGUGCUUAGGGAAAUACAUUUCUUUUGAUUUAGACAACAGAACAGUACUGUACACAGCAGCAACUGAACUUAGCUUUAGGAAGUGAGGCUUCCACAGGGAGCGGCAAUGUGUAUCUUUGGCUUGUGUACUCUUGAAUUUUUUUUCUGCCAUUCAUAAACAAGUACAUUAAUCUGAUUUAACACUAUGUGAAGCUAUUAAUAUGUCUGGAUAUAUCACGUGCUACUAUCACAAUUUCCUCCUGUGCAUAAAUGUUAUAAUGGAAAAUUUCCUUGUCUGCUUCUAAAUUUAAACAUUGUGCAAAACAUGUUGUCACUUUUAACAAAAUGGCAUAUAUAGUCUACAGCCUGUGUUUGCAGAGAUGUAAGGUUAAUCAGAGUUCAGUUUAUAAGUGUGCUUACAUGGUCGUUAAGCUUUCUUAGAACUUUAAUAUCUGUGUGUGUGUCAAAGUGUGGGUGAUGAUGGUAAUUUAGAGUGGAUAAGGAGAGCUGAGUCCUCCCCAGGUUGUAGGAGUGGUUAAAGGUCAGGAGCCAAGAUGGAGCUGUUAUACGUCACAUGAGGCUCUUUGUUUGUUCAUCACAGAGGCUCCUCCUGUUUGUGUACAUAUGUAUAUAUGCAUUUGGGGAAGAAUGCACCUUGAAUACUGUUUGCCUUCAAUAAAGACCGGUCUCUGUAUUAAAAGAGUA